GCACAUACACAUGGCCGUACACACGUCGACAGAUAGCUGUAUCGUGUCCGUUAACGACACUGUCAGUCGUGGUUCGGUCGCGGAUUCGGUCGCGAGUCCGGCGUCCCUGCGCGUCCGCCCGUUCGAGAACCGGGAAUUCGCUUUUCAAUUUCCCGCGAGCGCAGGCUGCAUUUGCAUCGUGGUGUACUUUCUAUAAUACUUGCUCGGUUCGCGUUCAUCGAGCCAUGGCAACGUACGAACUGGUGAUCGCGGCUUUGUCCGUCCUUAUCGCCGGCUAUCUGCUCACCGGAAACCGUCGACGCACCAUUUACGCGCUCUACAAGACCUUGCCUAGAGACGUGCUGGCAGCCUACAGAUUCAUCCGUGUCAAUAUCCACCUCUGGUGGUGGGAUACGCGAGGACUUACGGUGCCAAAAGUGUUCCUCAGCCUCGUGGAUGCCCAUCCAAACAAGAUCGCUUACAUCUUCGAGAACAAAGAAUGGACCUAUCGAGAGUUAGAGGAGUACAGCAAUCGCGUUGGACGGUACUUUUACUCGACACGAUUGCCGCGUGGGAGCAGAGUCGCUUUGAUCAUGGAAAAUCGACCCGAAUACGUCGGCACGUGGCUAGGUCUGAGCAAGGCUGGGUAUGUGACCGCGCUAAUCAACACGAAUCUUCGUCGCAAAGUCUUGGUGCACAGUAUAGAGACGUCUGACUGCAAAGCGGUGAUUUUCGGGUCUGAAUUUGCAGAAGCAAUUCGUGAAGUGAAAGACAAAAUCCCGGGUCUGACUUUGUACCAGUGGUCAGAAUUACCGGAUACGCCGUGUCUUGAAGGUACCACCGAUCUCAGUGCGGAACUCCCGAGCGUCGAUCCUUCAUCUCUCGUGAAACUGUUCAUUAAUGAUACACCCCGGAACAAACUGAUCUACAUUUAUACAUCGGGGACUACUGGCAUGCCAAAAGCCGCUGUCAUCACUAACCUAAGGUUCAUGCUGAUGUCAUGCGGAGUUCAUUACAUGUUGAACCUGCGAUCGACCGAUCGAAUUUAUAAUUCGCUGCCACUUUACCACACAGCGGGAGGGUUGAUCGGAGCUGGUCAAGCAUUGCUGAUGGGUGUAACGGUCGUUCUCCGCAGACGUUUCAGCGCUUCAAAAUUCUGGCCGGAUUGUGUCCAUUACGAAUGCACUGUCGCCCAAUAUAUCGGUGAAAUCUGUCGAUAUUUGCUCACUACUCCACCGAAUCCCUGUGACACGAAGCACAAAGUUCGUCUGGUAUUCGGAAACGGGCUCAGGGCACAGAUAUGGAAACCCUUCAUUGAUAGAUAUGGUGUGAAACAGAUAGGUGAAUUUUAUGGGGCCACCGAAGGGAACUCCAAUCUCGUGAAUAUUGAUAACAAAGUUGGUGCCGUGGGAUUCGUACCACUGUGUGCGGGUUCCUUAUACCCUGUGGCUCUGUUGAAAGUGGACGAAGAAACAGGAGAGCCAUUGAGGGGACCUGAUGGUUUGUGCGUGAGGUGUAAACCUGGUGAGGCAGGUAUUUUCGUGGGCAAGAUAGACCCGAAGAAAGUAGUGAACGACUUCUGUGGUUACGCGGACAGCAAGGCGUCCGAGCAGAAGAUCCUGCGGGACGUGUUCCGAAAGGGCGACCGUGUCUUCAAUUCUGGUGAUAUUUUGGUUAUGGAUGAGUUCGGCUACUUUUAUUUCAAGGACAGGACCGGUGACACCUUUAGGUGGCGUGGCGAGAACGUUGCCACUUCGGAAGUUGAGGCUAUCGUUAGCAAUGUGAUACAAUUAAAGGAUGCAGCUGUUUACGGUGUUGAGGUACCUCAUGUAGAAGGGAAGGCAGGAAUGGCUUCCAUUUAUGAUCCAGAUAAGACGCUAAAUAUUAAGGAAAUGGCGGAGGGCGUGAAGAAAGCCCUGCCACCUUACGCUAGGCCUCUUUUUGUUCGAGUUCUAUCGGAACUACCAAUGACGGGUACAUUCAAGCUGAAGAAAAAGGAUCUCCAACAAGACGGUUUCAACAUCAAAAAGAUAACAGACCCAGUUUAUUUUCUGGACCACACUGGUGUUUACGUGAAACUCACGGAGCAGCUUUACAACGAUAUUCUCGAGGGAAGAACUCGGUUAUAAACGCUGCGAACUGAACUUUUUUAGAAGUAAUAUUUACCAGAAUGAGCCGCUGAAUGUUUAACCCCGAUUUUUGUACAAUUUUUAUUUAUUGAUAGGGAAGAGGAGUAUGUCGAACCCGAGUGUGUUCGAUCGGUCAAUUGUCUUUCGUCUCGCCGGAACAUUUCGCCGGAAAUUAUUCCGAGAAGAUUGCAUUUAUACAUAUUUUUACACCAUUACUCUAGCCAAACGAAAAUCACAGAUUUCGAGGCUGCCAGAAUGUACGAUUUAUACAGUCUCCUAUCCGUGUAGAAUAAUAAUAUCCUCUGUAGACCCAGUUUCCUUUAAAUCUUUUUAGCGGUAAUUGUAGAUAUAUUUUGUGCAAAACAUUCCUAGUGACUAAGGUUUUGCAUUAUUUUUUAGGGAAAAGUGAUAAGGACUGCGAUUGUAAAGUAAACGUUGUAAAAUGAUAUGCCAUAUCAUAGUUUAAUAAAUUGUUUCUCUGUUAACAAA